AUGGCUAGUUAUAUGACUUCUGCGUGUUACAUUAUUGUUUUGGGAAUAUCAGUGGUGGGUUUGAAAGGUGCAGAGGCACAACGUGCCUUCUUUGUGUUCGGGGACUCGCUUGUGGAUAAUGGCAACAACGACUUCUUGGCAACUACAGCUCGAGCAGAUGCUCCUCCAUAUGGCAUUGAUUACCCAACCAGAACAGCCACUGGCCGUUUCUCUAAUGGCUAUAACAUUCCUGACUUCAUCAGUCAAGCUAUUGGGGCCGCCGAAUCCACAUUGCCAUAUUUAGAUCCCCAGCUCAACGGGGAAAGAUUGCUUGUUGGUGCCAACUUUGCUUCUGCUGGAAUUGGAAUUCUCAAUGACACUGGAAUCCAAUUUGUAAACAUAAUCAGAAUAUACAGACAGUUGCAGUACUGGGAAGAAUACCAGCAGAGGGUGAGUGCUCUUAUAGGACCUGAACAGACCGAACGCUUAAUAAAUGGAGCAUUAGUCCUCAUCACUCUUGGAGGCAACGACUUUGUGAAUAACUAUUACUUGGUGCCUUAUUCUGCAAGAUCACGCCAAUACAAUUUACCAAAUUACGUCAAGUAUAUUAUCUCUGAGUAUAAGAAAAUUCUGAGGAGGCUAUACGAAAUUGGAGCACGAAGGGUGUUGGUGACGGGAACAGGUCCACUGGGUUGUGUGCCAGCGGAAUUGGCCCAGAGAAGCACAAACGGUGAAUGCUCAGCUGAACUGCAGCGUGCGGCGUCCUUGUUCAACCCUCAACUUGUUCAGAUAAUCAAAGAACUCAAUAGCGAAAUUGGUUCUGAUGUCUUCGUUGGAGUCAACACGCAACAGAUGCACAUUGACUUCAUCAAUAACCCUCAACAAUAUGGAUUUAUCACAUCAAAAGUAGCAUGUUGCGGUCAAGGACCCUACAAUGGCAUUGGACUAUGCACAGUGGCAUCCAACUUGUGUCCUAACCGUGACGUUUAUGCAUUUUGGGAUGCUUUCCAUCCAUCAGAAAGGGCUUGUAGUUUGAUCGCUCGACAGAUAUUGUCAGGGACCUCGGAGUACAUGUAUCCAAUGAACCUCAGCACCAUUUUGGCUUUGGAUUCCAAGAAGAACUAG